UAUGGGGGGCACAGACCUCCGUGCCUCUCAACACCCCCCAACUCUUCGGUCAAGGGGGGGUGGGCAGACCCGGUAUUGAUCAGGCUGGGGGCGUGCCACCUUACCGGACGGGACAUCCCUCCCUCAAACUUUUCUUCUCUCUCCACUUCCGAGUCCAGACUCAGGACCGAAGCCUCCCCCGCCCCCCAAGUUGGACAGGCGGGAAACUGAGGCCCGGACUACGGAUGAAGCUGGGAGCGAGAUGGGACCUCUCCUGGCCAGGGAGCGCGGUGUCUGGAGACCACCUGACCCGGGAUCCCCAUGUCCGCCUAGUCCCCCCAGUUCUGCCCACUCCUCUAGGCCCCCAGUGACGGCUCCCCGAUCCCGGACCUGGGAGUCCUCCGUCUCCCACGCCCUCCCGCCCAGCCCGGGCCGGGCAUACCUGGCACUCGCUCCCCGGCCGCGGCGCGCAGCAGCGCCAGCCCGAGCCCCAGCACGAAGAGCCGCGGCAGCGGGCGUAGCGGGCCGGGAGACAUGGUGUUGUUCGUCGGGCGGCGGCUGCAGUCUGCGCUGGCCGCCCGCGUACCGGGGCAGACAGCAGCGGCCCCGCCCCCGCCUUCCGGGGCGGAUCCCUAGCCUCUGCCCACCCCAUGAUCCACCCCUAGACGCCGGGUCCCGCCCGGACCUCUAAGUUCAGUUAUUCGCUCAACAAACGCUGUCUCUGUGCGGGAGCGGCCAGAACGCCAAAGGGAUGCAGAUCUGGCCCUGCCUUCUCGGUGCGGAAGCCCAGGAGGUGCGUGUUGGGCGAGAGGGCGGAUCUGACACGAAACAACCCAGCACAGAGAAAGCUGUUUCUUAAGGGCCCCGAGGACUAAAAUGAGGCUCGGGAAGGUUAGGUGAGUUCCGGAGUCGAGCCCCAAGCUCUGUUCGGCUCCAUACCCUGCCCCUUGACCCACUGCUUGCCGGACUUCAGCCAGUUGAUGCUCUGCACCCGGGCCAGAUGGGGGAGCAGCGGCUCCAGGCUCGAGCGCCCCCCACUGACGAGGUUGGGAUUCGCGCGUCCGCCGCGGUCUGGACUGGGGUCUCUGCCCCUCCCCUGGGCGGUGGUCCGGUGACGUCAUUGCCUCUUUAAGACCCCCGCCUCCGCCCCAGUCCCAGCACUCCGCCUGCUACUCCGAAUCUUGGUGGACUCCUUUGCAGUGCAGCUCCUCAACCUCAACCUCACCAUGGCCUCUGCUGGUCUGCAAAUCCUGGGGAUCGUCCUGACACUGCUUGGCUGGGUGAAUGCCCUGGUGUCCUGUGCCCUGCCCCUGUGGAAGGUGACCGCCUUCAUCGGCAACAGCAUUGUGGUGGCCCAGGUGGUGUGGGAGGGGCUGUGGAUGUCCUGCGUGGUGCAGAGCACCGGCCAGAUGCAGUGCAAGGUGUACGACUCGCUGCUGGCGCUGCCCCAGGACCUGCAGGCUGCCCGAGCCCUCUGUGUCAUCACUCUCCUAGUGGUCCUGCUCGGCCUGCUGGUCUACCUCGCAGGGGCCAAGUGCACCACCUGUGUGGAGGACAAGGACUCCAAGGCCCGUCUGGUGCUCAUUUCUGGGAUCAUCUUUGUCAUCUCAGGAGUCCUGACCCUGAUCCCCGUGUGCUGGACUGCCCACACCAUCAUCCAGGACUUCUACAACCCCCUGGUGGCCGAGGCCCAAAAGCGGGAGCUGGGAGCCUCCCUCUACCUGGGCUGGGCAGCUUCUGGCCUUUUGUUGCUGGGUGGGGGGCUACUGUGCUGCACCUGCCCCUCUGGGGGGUCCCGGGGCUCCAGCCAUUAUAUGGCCCGAUACUCGGCCUCAGCCCCGCAUACUGCCUCUCGGGGUCCCUCUGAGUACCCCACUAAGAAUUACGUCUAAUUCGGGAAGGGGAGCGUGGGCUCCCUUGAGAGUGGAGCCUAACCCUCUGAGCUGGAGCCAUGGCAAUGGUGAUCCAUGACAGCUUUGGUGUUGUUUUUGCUUUAUAUUGGGGGGGGGGCGGUGGUUAAUCCAUUUGAUAACCCACCUGGGCUCUGCUACUGGCGUUCCUCACCUUUGGAUGAUGGAGCCAAAGAGGUGAUGCUUCAGAGUUUCUGGAUCUUUCUCCACCCUGGACACCCCCAUCUUAGAGACCAACCUGGAGCUUUGGGUCCCAUGUGAAGGGUGUUUGCUGUCCAGGUGCUUUCAUCCUGUCCCCGAGAGUUCCUGCUGAUGUUGGGGGUAGGGCCUCCCUAGGCCUGCAGAGACAAGCCUUCCCUUGCUGGUCAGGCCUCUGGAACCUGCAGGGGCUUUUGAGCCACGUGUAGCCUCUAGAGGAGCAGGUGAUAAGUUACCAAAGACCCACCCACCUCCAAGUCUUCUGACCUCUGGCUCCUCCAUCCUGAGUCAUGUCCCCCCUGUGCUGACCCCUGACCCUCCCAUCCCCAGCCCCUGUGCACUUCUGCCAUGUCCUGCCCACACUCACCAGUUUUUACUAAAUAAAGCACAUUUUGUUUGGUUA